AUGUCCAAGUUCACGCCCGAGCCCACCGACGAACUUUGCAUCAACACCAUCCGUGCUUUGGCGGCGGAUGUCGUUGGCAAGGCCAACUCUGGUCACCCAGGGGCUCCUAUGGGCAUGGCGCCGGUCGCACACGUACUGUUUUCACGAUUCUUCAACGCCAACCCUAAGAAUUCGAAGUGGUAUAAUCGGGAUCGAUUUGUCCUUUCCAACGGUAGAUGUGCUCUGCAGUACAUUCUUCUGCACCUCUUGGGCUACGAUCUUACCAUGGAUGACCUGAAGCAGUUCCGCCAACUUGGGUCGCGGACGCCGGGUCACCCCGAGGCUAGCAUCGAAGUCACCACAGGUCCGUUAGGACAGGGCUUCUCGACCGCAGUUGGUCUGGCCAUCGCUCAGACCCACAUGUCCGCUACCUUUAACAAGGAUGAGUUCGACCUCAUUAACAACUACACUUAUGGCGAGUUGCUUUUGUUAAUCAGCGUUGUUAUCGGGAUACUCAUUUAG